CUCUGGAAGGCAAUCCCUCUCUGGAAGGCAAUCCCUCUGGAAGGCAAUCCCUCUGGAAGGCAAUCUCUCUGGAAGGCAAUCUCUCUGGAAGGCAAUCUCUCUGGAAGGCAAUCUCUCUGGAAGGCAAUCUCUCUGGAAGGCAAUCUCUCUGGAAGGCAAUCUCUCUGGAAGGCAAUCCCUCUGGAAGGCAACCCUCUGGAAGGCAAUCCCUCUGGAAGGCAACUGGACAUUGGCAAGUAGUAUACUCGGAAACGGUGGGCAAAGUGCACGCCUACGGAGCCUGACCAGGAGGCCGCUCAGUCUGCCUGUUCUGCGGCAACAUUGUUUUGUGUCGGCUUCUGGGAUUAGAUCCACUGUCCUGGGUGGUGGUCCGAACUAAGGAUCCGCUUCGGGAAAGUCGUAUUCCUGGUCGUAAUGUUGGUAAGUUGACAUUGCCCUUAUAUCCAAUAGUUAUUCCCAGCUGUAUGUAAUAAGACUUAAGAUUUCUUGGUGGUAACAAUAUAAGAAAUACAUAAAAAAAAAACAUGCAUAGUUUCCUAAGGACUCGAAGCGAGGUGACCAUCUCUGUCUGCACCAACUUGCAUCAAUCAAUAUUAUCUCAGGGGUGAACUCCAAUUAUUCUGAUAGGUUCUGAACAUAAGCCGGGACAUUAAGAGUUAUCAGUUUUGACAUUUGUUUUAAGAGUGAAAAAAUAUAAACAUCUUCCAUUUGAAAAAUGUGCCAAAGUUAUUUGGGAAAAAAACUGUACUUUUAUGGAAAGUAGUGAACGAUUACACACUUCAGGAGAAAGGAGGUAUUAUAAGGAUGCAGCCAUCAAUCAGAGAUUUAGACUAAUCAAAUGUUUGGUCUAAUGAUAUACUAUGUACAAUACUUUCUGUGGUCACCAGGACAGAGCUAAUCCGUCCCCCUCCACCCUGCCAGAGUCCCCUGGUCACAACUCUCCUGGUAGCUCCUUACUGCUGGGUCUGAAGAGGGUGUCUGUGCUGCUGGUCGACUGCAGGAAAACACCAGGGCAGAGUGGAGCUGUGAGAGAAGGACACAAGGAGGGAGAUGGAGAUUUGAUUUCAUCAAGUAAGAACAAUGGGGACUCUCCUAACCGUCUCUCUCUCAGUGGGAGGGACUUAUCAUCUGGGGAGCUUCAACUACAACAUGUUGCUGACGAGGCAGAGAAGAGUCUCUCCCAAUCAGAACACCUCAAACACCAGCACAGACGUACAGGGAAGAAAUCUCACCACAGCUGCUCUGACUGUGGGAAGAGUUUCACUACACGGAGGUCCUUCAUAAUUCACCUGCGUAUUCACACCGGAGAGAAGCCUUAUCGCUGUGAUCAGUGUGGGAAGUUCUUUGCUCGAGUUUCCAACCUGACUACACACCAGCGAACACACACUGGAGAAAAGCCUUACAGCUGUGAUCAAUGUGGGAAGAGUUUUGCUUCAUAUAACACCUUCAAAUAUCAUCUGAGAAUUUAUGAAGGGGAGAAGCCUUACCGCUGCCUUGAUUGUGGGAAAAACUUUGUUAAUGCAGGAGCCUUAACCAUACACCAGCGUGUACACACAGGAGAGAAGCCUUAUAGCUGUCAUCAGUGUGGAAAGAGCUUUGCUGUAGCUUCCACCCUGAUUAGACACCAGCGCAUACACACUGGAGAGAAGCCUUAUAGCUGUAAUCUGUGUGGGAAGAGCUUUGCUGUAUCAGAUAAACUAACUAUACACCAGCGCAUACACACAGGAGAGAGGCCUUAUAGCUGUGAUCAGUGUGGAAAGUGCUUUGCUUUAGCUUCCACCCUGAAUAAACACCAGCGCAUACACACUGGAGAGAAGCCUUAUAGCUGUGAUCAGUGUGGAAAGAGCUUUGCUCGAGUUUCCACCCUGACUAUACACCAUCGAACACACACUGGAGAAAAGCCUUAUAGCUGUGAUCAGUGUGGAAAGAGCUUUGCUCUAGCUUCCACCCUGACUGCACACCAGCGAACACACACUGGAGAAAAGCCUUAUAGCUGUGAUCAUUGUGGAAAGAUCUUUGCUGAGUCAGGGACCCUGAAUACACACCAGCGAACACACACUGGAGAGAAGCCUUAUAGCUGUGAUCAUUGUGGAAAGAGCUUUGCUGAGUCAGGGACCCUGAUCUCACACCAGCGAACACACACUGGAGAGAAACCCUAUGUCUGUCUAUGUGGAGAGAGCUUUGCUCGUUUAGGGCCAAUUAAAAAACACCAGAAAGCUCAAAUUUGCCAUAUUUCAACUCCCUCCUAUUUGACACAAUUUCCAGAUCCCUAAAUAAAGGAUCAGUAGAACACAUCUAGUGAACAGUCAUAUCCAUCUCCCAUUCUGAAACAGUUGCUUUAGUCUGAUCACCAUGAAAACCUCUGUGCAACAUAAUAUGCAGCUCUGAUCUAGGAUCAGGUCUCCCCUGUGUCUAUGUAAUAUCACACAUUGAUUUAAAUUGAUAAAUGUUAUCAUAGAUAAUGUCAUAGUGAACCUGUGUGUUGGAGGGGGUGUUGAUAAUUGUAUCUUCUUUCAUAUACUCGUGAUACUAUUAUUAUUAAAAUGUCAUUAUGUAGAAUGUUUGAACAAUAGGUGUAUAUUGGGCGGCAGUUGGGCGAGUAACCGGAAGGUUGCUGGAUCGAUUCCCAAACUGACAAGGUAAAAAUCAGUCAUCUGACCCUGAAGAAGGCAGUUACCCCACUGUUCCCCGGUAGGCUGUCAUUCUAAAUAAGAAUUUGUUCUUAACUGACUUGCCAAGUUAAAUAAAGUUUCAAUUAAAAUAA